AUGUAUCAAAUAUUGAUUGAAGUAUCCAGGGUCAAGAUAAAUGCUGUGACAUCUAGUUCUAUCAUUCCAUGGGUUUGUCCUCAGCCAGGAAAGGAAGUUGACCAAGAAGUGGGAAAAAAAUCCCCUUUCGCCUUACCCAAAAGAAAAAGGAAAGCAGCUAAAUUGCCUGUAACAACCAUAUAUAGGCCACGCACUCGACAGUCUACGAAAUGGUUUACCCGAUUCAAUGCUGAUGAUACAAGCAUCAUUGACUUGUGUUCCCUGAGCAAAGAAUCAGAAACAAGUGAUCCAACAAACCAGGAUUUUGGAAGUACCAAUGAUUUUAAGUGUGAUAAAGUUUCUAGCCACCAAGUUCCCAUUUCUCCUGGAGGUAUUCUUCUUGCUUACUGCAACUCCCCUGUUUCCUGUGGUGCACGCUGUACAGAACUCACUCAAGGAUCAGAAGACAAUAUGAUUCCUGAAGAUUUUGAUAACUUUGUCGAUUCUCUGGAUGAUAUGCUGGCUGAGCCUCUACCUGAAGCACUAUUAUCCCCAUCUGCAACUGAUAAUUAUCAAGCUUCUGAAGAUGAAAUUGCUAAGGCUCGAAUAAAACUUUCUUCCUUGCUUGCUAUGGAUUUCCAUCUUUUGGUUUCCUCCAAAGACCUUAAAGAACUUGCAUUGCUGUCAUCCAAGCUUCAAAAGGAUCCUAGCCUUGAUGCUGAUCAACUUUCUAAACUAAAGCUCAUUGAAGAAAUUCCAGUUACUGGUAAGGUUUUUUUGGAGGCCAUGCAAAUCAAAGAGGAAGUUAACAAAUUCUUUGCAGACCUGACUUCCAGCAUGGACAAGGCUACUUCACUAAGGAAUGAAUACAAUGCAUCAAAGGAGGAUAUUGCCAUGCUACAGGUUGAUAUAAAUUCCAGCUUAUCAACCUUAGAAGAAAUUGAUGAUCAAAUUGCUAAACUUCAAUCCAGACGAGCUGAGCUGAGUACUGCCCUCAAGAUUAAAAAUAAGGAAGUAGCUAAGUUGAUCUCUACUCAGAGAAUGGUAGCUGAUUCUCUUCCCAAAGUUGUGCAUGAGGUUCAGCUUGCAAACUCUAAAAAGCUAGAAUGGGAGCAGAAGAAGAAAAAUGCUUUGAAGCGAGAGGCCGAAAUCCUUGCGAAAUUUGCUCCUCUAAGAGGGUUAUCUUUGAAGAAUGUUGGAAUGAAGGAAAAUUCUGGGGAAGAAAUAGAUCCAUACUUGGACCAAUUUGUUUUAUGA